ACCACAUUAAAUGCAGCAGGAUUUAUCUUUAAUUCGAUAGUGAUGGCCUACAUUAUUCGAAAUCGCUAUACUCAAAAUGCUGUAAACUAUCUCGUCGGUAACUUAAUAUUAUCCAAUAUCUUGAAUUCCUUCCAGUGGAGUUGUGGUAACAUUUAUGUGGCUAUAGUGCAACAAGCUGGUUGGUCAUUUGCAUUAAUGAAUAUUAUCUGUAAGUUCAGCAUUUACUUCUGGUUAGUAUGUUAUACCGCUUCAGUUGGAACACUAAAGUUAUUGAGUAUUGAGAGGUAUCGAGCAAUAAUUCAUCCUCUUAACCCUCGAUUACACGGUCGCAAGCUUAUUAUUAUCCUUGUAAUUUUGUGGCUAUUCGCGAUAAUAAUUUCUUUACCGGUUCUAUAUAGUGUAGCAGCCAAUGAAAUUCUCAAAUACGACUGUAUUGUUAAUAUUAGUCAGUCUAUAUUCCAUUUAGUGCAUAUAAUAUUUUUGAACUUUAUCGAUUAUAUUCUUCCUGUUUGUGUUAUGAUAUAUUGUUAUACAAAAGUUAUUAUCAAGUUAAGAAAGACAUCAGUCCAGGCUUUACGAAAUAAGAAGUUAUCAGCUGGCGAACGUCGAAAAAAGCGCGUCGUUAAAAUGUCAAUAAUUUUAACCGUGUGCUUUAUUAUAAGUGCUUUACCUUGG